UGAAAAACUGUCAAUUUUGCAGAUAUAGAAGAAAGUUAUGGAAGCACCAGUACAAGUUCGACCUCCAGGUGGAAGGUCAAGAGGUGAAAGGUCAAGGUCACCAAGGUCACAGCCCAGCAGACCACCACCCCCAAGUGCAGUUAUGGGAAUUAGAAGCUUAAGUGAUGUCCAGCAGUGCCAUGAUGAUGCGAUUAAACUGAUAGAAUCAGGUCUGUCAGCGGAUGAACAAGGAAGGAUGGAUGAUGCAAGAGCAUUUUAUCAGAGUGGUUUACAAUCUGUUACUAAAGUGUUAGCAGUUAACUGUGAACAACUAAAUGGAACCGAAGAUGACAAAAAUAAAGCUAAGACAAUACAACAGAAACUUAAUAAGACAAAAUUACAAAUAGAAUAUAGACUACAGACUUUAAGGGCAUCUGAAAUAGCUACUCAGUGUACUCCAUCAGCACCACAGGCUAUGAAUGUUGAAGAACCUCCAAGUUACGAGGAUGCAACAAGAACUCCCCAGGAUGACCAGUUUGUGGAGUUAGGUGACAGUAUUAUGAGGGAAGAUUCUGUGGACAGUAACAGUUUAACUGCUAAUGCUGCAGAGAUAUUCUGCAUUCCAGAUGGUGUUCAGAUUUUUUUUAUCACUCCAGAAGGCUAUGUUAGCGCUCCAUCCUAUCCCUCUAGUCUUAAAAUAUUCAAGUUUAUAGAGCAGGAAGAAGGGGCUUCAAACUCAACAAGGCCAACAGCUUUCCUUCAAGUAGGUGAUUGGCUAUACCCCCUACAGCCAGGGGCAUCACCUGCUUUACAGUCAAACUAUGGUGCCUACCUCUUUCCUGAUGUUUCGUCACCAACUCCAGGUUCGGCAGUAGGCCUCAUGGUUCCAGAUACUUUAGCGCCUGCAGAUCGUGAACUAUUUGAGGAAUUCCUGAACUCACUGACAGUGUUACAGCAGCAAGGGGAAAUACCAAGUGCACCUAUGGAAACAUCAGAGGUCAGUGAAGAAGUAAGACGGGAGGGAGAAGAAGGGGAGACAAGCACUACCAGUACAAAAAUAUCAAAAGGCUUGAUUAUAGCUGCAGAAUACAUUUCCUGGGGUGUAGGCAAGGGGGCGGAGAAAGCUGGGGAGCUACUUAAGCAUGGUUCAACGAAACUGAGAUCGAGGCUGAAACCGGAGGAACAACCAAAACAUGUUGAUCCAAAAGUACAAAAAGGGAUCCAGUAUGCAAGGAAAGGAUCUCAUGUUGCAGUUCAAGUCAGCUCUUAUAUUGUAUCUAAACUUGGUCAAGCUACAAUGGCUCUAGCCAAGGAAGCAGCACCACAUAUACGUAAGCAGGGGGAAAAGUUAAUACCAAAAUCCAUGAAACAGACAGAAAGUGAUGGAAAAUCAAAGUUGGACAGUGUGUUGGAAGUAGCAGCUUCAGGUUUAAAGGGAUUUGGAACAGUUUACAUGAGUUUGGAACAGGCAGCAAAGGUUUUAGGAAAGAAUCUGGCUGAUGAGACUGUAGAGAUAGUCAGCCAUAAGUACGGAACCGAAGUUGGUCAGGCAACAGGAAAUGCUUUAUAUGCUACGGGUAACAUUGGUAUGACAGCGUACAAUGCUAACCACCUUGGGGUCAAGGCCAUUGCCAAGAGAGCUGCAAAGGACACUGGGAAGGCAGUUUUAGAGGAUUUGUCAGACAAAAGCAAAACGCCACCACAAAAACCACCUCCCCCUGGUGCUGGUGCCUCAGGGAGUGAGAAAAAAUACUGAACAAUUUAGACUAGUCUUGUUAUUCCAUUGUUUUUUUAGCUCACCUGUCACAAAGUGACAAGGUGAGCUUUUGUGAUCGCGCAGUGUCCGUCGUCCGUCCGUCCGUCCGUAAACUUUUGCUUGUGACCACUCUAGAGGUCACAUUUUUCAUGGGAUCUUUAUGAAAGUUGGUCAGAAUGUUUAUCUUGAUGAUAUCUAGGUCAAGUUCGAAACUGGGUCACGUGCCUUCAAAAACUAGGUCAGUAGGUCUAAAAAUAGAAAAACCUUGUGACCUCUCUAGAGGCCAUAUAUUUCACAAGAUCUUCAUGAAAAUUGGUCAGAAUGUUCACCUUGAUGAUAUCUAGGUCAAGUUCGAAACUGGGUCACGUGCCUUCAAAAACUAGGUCAGUAGGUCUAAAAAUAGAAAAACCUUGUGACCUCUCUAGAGGCCAUAUAGUUCAAAAGAUCUUAAUGAAAAUUAGUCAGAACGUUCAUCUUGAUGAUAUCUAGGUCAAGUUCGAAACCGGGUCACGUGCCAUCAAAAACUAGGUCAGUAGGUCAGAUAAUAGAAAAACCUUGUGACCUCUCUAAAGGCCACAUUUUUCAUGGGAUCUGUAUGAAAGUUGGUCUGAAUGUUCAUCUUGAUGAUAUCUAGGUAAGUUUUUUAAACUGGGUCACGUGCGGUCAAAAACUAGGUCAGUAGGUCUAUAAAUAGAAAAACCUUGUGACCUCUCUAGAGGCCAUAUAUUUCAUGAGAUCUUCAUGAAAAUUGGUCAGAAUGUUCACCUUGAUGAUAUCUAGGUCAAGUUCGAAACUGGGUCACGUGCCUUCAAAAACUAGGUCAGUAGGUCAGAUAAUAGAAAAACCUUGUGACCUCUCUAGAGGCCAUAUUUUUCACGGGAUCUGUAUGAAAGUUGGUCUGAAUGUUCAUCUUGAUGAUAUCUAGGUCAGUUUCGAAAGUGGGUCACGUGCCAUCAAAAACUAGGUCAGUAGGUCAAAUAAUAGAAAAACCUUGUGACCUCUCUAAAGGCCAUAUUUUUCAUGGGAUCUGUAUGAAAGUUGGUCUGAAUGUUCAUCUUGAUGAUAUCUAGGUCAAGUUCGAAACAGGGUCAUGUGCGGUCAAAAACUAGGUCAGUAGGUCUAAAAAUAGAAAAACCUUGUGACCUCUCUAGAGGCCAUACUUGUGAAUGGAUCUCCAUAAAAAUUGGUCAGAAUGUUCACCUUGAUGAUAUCUAGAUCAAAUUUGAAACUGGGUCACGUGCCUUAAAAAACUAGGUCAGUAGGUCAAAUAAUACAAAAACCUUGUGACCUCUCUAGAGGCCAUACUUUUCAUGGGAUCUGUAUGAAAGUUGGUCUGAAUGUUCAUCUUGAUGAUAUCUAGGUCAAGUUUGAAACUGGGUCAACUGCGGUCAAAAACUAGGUCAGUAGGUCUAAAAUUAUUAAAAUCUUUUGACCUCUCUAGAGGCCAUAUUUUUCAAUGGAUCUUCAUGAAAAUUGAUCUGAAUGUUCACCUUGAUGAUAUCUAGGUCAGUUUCGAAACUGGGUCACGUGCAGUCAAAAACUAGGCCAAUAGGUAUAAAAAUAGAAAAACCUUGUGACCUCUUUAGAGGCCAUAUUUUUCAUGAGAUCUUCAUGAAAAUUAGUGAGAAUGUUCACCUUGAUGAUAUCUAGGUAAAAUUCAAAACAGGGUCACGUACCUUCGAAAACUAGGUCAAAUAAUAGAAAAACCUUGUGACCUCUCUAGAGGCCAUAUUUUUCAAUGGAUCUUCUUGAAAAUUGGUCAGAAUUUUUAUCUUGAUAAUAUCUAGGUCAAAUUCAAAACUGGGUCACAUGAGCUCAAAAACUAGGUCACUAUGUCAAAUAAUAGAAAAAACGACGUCAUACUCAAAACUGGGUCAUGUGGGAAGAGGUGAGCGAUUCAGGACCAUCAUGGUCCUCUUGUUAUGAUCUGUGAUACUGUUAUUGAGGAAUACCUCCAAAUCAGCUAUGUGUCAAAGUUUCUUUGUGGAUUGUAGAAAGAGGACUAUGUAAUUACUUACGUCUGCAUAUGGGUAUAGAGCAGUCUGACUCCUUAGUUAUACAAAACAAACAUUAGACAGAUGAAAAGUUAUGAAUAUACAUGUACGUGUAUGUGCAGUCACAUUUUAGUAAUUUUGAAGACUUAGUACAGAUGUUGUUCAAAUUUCAGAUUUUUUAUGUAAAAAUAAUAAAAGUGUGUUUAAAGAUUCUCCAUCAGUCUGUCUGGAAAAUAUUGUGUGAUAAUACGCCUUGUAUAUAAAAUGAUAUUGGUUUUAGACUUUUGCUGAUUAAUGCCAGUGAUGAGCAGACGUCAUAAAAGGAAGGAUUUUUAGAAGGGAUUAUUACUUUUAAGUAAAGGUCAUUUGUUUUCUUUAUACUAACCCCUGAUUCCUUACAUAAUGAAAUUUCUUCAAACUUACACAUUAGGUCACAUGGAAAGGAAGAAAUUUUUGAAGGGCCCAUAAUUUCUGCGUUAAUGUCCCUUUCUGCAUUUUGUAAUAUACAUGCCUGGGAUUCAUUCAAAAAUCAAAAGCCUGAAAAUCUAUAUUCUAAAGCCUGAAAUCUCCUUUUUAAUAGAAUUAUACAGACAAAUUCUUGCAGCUAAGUGCCUAAAAUCAGCACCAGUCCUGAAAAAUUGUAACAACAUUUUGGUCUGUACCGUAGUACAUUCCACUAAUCGUUUCAGACCUAAGUCUACAAAACUUUACGGUACAUUAACAGGAAUGAUCGUAAUGACAAAAACUCAACAACAGAUUAAAACGCAUUUUAUAUUUUUCAUGUACAUGGUCUUUAAAUACAUGUACUAACUUUGCGAGAUACUUAUAUAGUAUUAUUGUAAAAUACCAGUGUAAGUAAUUCAUGGUACAGUACAUAUUGCACUCAGCAAACUUGUAUACUACUGAGUGUAGGGUAUCCCAAGUAUUGAUACGGAAGUUGUUAUAAAUGGGAUAACAAUAUCCUUGUCUUUGUUGUUGCGUGGAUUAGGAUGUUUCUAAUCUGAGUGGUAACUUUGUCGGUAAUACUUUCUCUUUGUCUUAGUUGCACAUGUAGUAUCUGAGAAGGCACAGUGCAUUCAAACAUAAAUAUUGCGUGUCCAUUUAUUUGAAAGAAAAGAUGUUAUGUUUUUCCAUUUUUUUCUAAACUUUUUUUUAUGUUAUAACUUUUUCCUAGUUCUUAUCUACAUUUUGUAUAUUUUGGAUUUAUUUAUAUACUGGGGUAUGGAUAUUUGUUUCUUUCAGCCGCAGGUUUAUAAUAAAUACAUUCAUUGAGUGAACAAGAGAUGCAAUUUUUUUUUUUUUUCAAGAGUGGCACAGCCAUGAGUGAAAAUUUAGAAUCUGUGUUCACAAGUGAAAGAUAUUUGACCUAAAAUUUUCCUUUUUAUUGCAUUGUUUUUCAAUGGUUUCUACCACAUUAUACCAGUCUUACCCUCAUAAUGGCAUACACGUAGAGCAUGACAUUACAAAUUUACAAUGCUAAUGUUUAGAAAAAAAUUUAGCUCUUCUAAAUAUUUAGAUGUCUUUUACAUUUGAAUACAUUUGAGUGCAAAUUCAUUACGUUUUUUAGGUAUUUAUUUACUUCUAUAUCUUUAUUGGAUGUAUAUUUUGGAAAGAAUUUCUGAUUAUAUAUCAUUCAUAUUCUUUUGCAAUCAAGUAUAGUUCUGUAACAGUGGAAACUGUUUGAAACAGUGGAAAUUGUAAAUAUAAUCUUGUUAUAUUUCAGUUAGCCACUGUAAAGCUUUAAAUGAAUUGUUUUCAGUGUAAUUAUUGUCAAGUUUUGUUAUCAAAUAUAAUGUUUUUUUUUCUGAAACUGGGUGAUAAACAAAGAUAAUCAAAUAAUGGCUUUUUAUACCAUUAAAUUAUAACAUCGUGUU